AUGGGUCAAAUUAUUUCUUACAUUACGGGGUUUUGGGCGGUCCCACCGCUCCUGAAUCUGCCAACCGAGAUCAUUUUGCUGAUUGUAUCGCACCUCUCUUCAUCCCCGGAAUCCCUUGUCGCCCUGUCGCUAACCUGCAAAGCCCUCUCUUCGAUUCUUGAUAGGGAUGCAGUGAAACUUUGUGAGAAAUCACGGCGCCAGCUUCUGUUAUUGCUUGAGAAAGAUCUUGGCAGUAGAUUCUUCUACUGCUCAGUCUGUUGCCAACUCCAUCAUUUCUCGCAGCAGUGGAGUCCCAUUACUGCAGACUAUCUCUGGAUGCCUAAAAGUUGUAUUGACUACUACUACAAUAAAAACUUUCGACCAACUCCUGCAUUGUUCGGAAAUAGAAAUUACCUAUAUGGGCGCCUUGUUAUGAAUCGUCACCUCCAUGGUUCUCCAAAAGGGUUACCUCUGAAAAGCCUCCAACAUCCCACCCUAGUGGCCAGUUGGGGCGAUGGGCCAUUAUGGCUAGAAACUCCGUCCCCAAGGAUAAUUGGCGAUGAAUUAUUCCUCUGUAUUACGCAUACACUUGCAGGAGAAGCGGCUACACUGCGAGAUGCGAUUGAUGAGGGGCGGCACGGCAUCUGCAUGCAUGUCGCCACGGAUCCAGUUGAUUUGUGGAACACACACCGGCGCGAUGUCUACAGGAUGCCAGAGUUGUUUGAACCCGAGGGGAGCAAGGCACAAAGGCCGCCGCCUUUUGAAGAAUGCCGAGACGUGCCGGGAUCCUGCACUGUGUGCUUGACUGACUACAUCACCACAAUUGAGCGUGCCAAGGUGCGCGAAAUUACUCAAUGUCAAACUUGUAAAUCCAGUGUCAACCAGGUUUCUAUUGAGCCGCCGCUCGAUGGUUGGUCUAUCACGAUUACUGCCUACCAUCAGUUGGGACGUUGUCGCGACCCAGAGGAUUGGAAAUGGGUAUCUUUCUUGGAAUCCCCACUAGACCGAAUACUCUCCAAGAGCCCAGCCAAGCGAGAUAUGGCCGUUUACCCUCCUGGUGUAAUAAGGAGGAAAUGGCAAACUGUGGAGUCACCAAUCGAGGGGUUAAAGCACCACAAGAAAGUAUGGACGGAAAUCCUAGGCGUGUUGCUCUAA